GUGCGAAGAGGGUCAUUAUAGUUUCGCUUUAGUUUACGUGCUUAGUUUUAUGGCGUAAAACUACUAUGGACAAAAUCUGUCUGUUGCGCAGGCAUUGUGGGUAAUUAUCCAAGUGCGCACUGAGCGGAUUUUACGCGGAGUCGCCAGGAACCUACGGUGAACCCGCAACUCUCCAAACCUCGCACGACCGAUCCUCCGGAGUUGAAAACUAUCAAAAUCUUAAGGAAAUAAGUCAAACAAUUAAAAAAAAUGAAUAUAGACAUAAAGUUGGUGCUUCCACCUACGCGCGUUUGUUGAUUUGUAAAUGAGCAGCUGGUGUCCGGACCGAUGUUUGGCGUAAACGAGCACAAACACGGAGCAGAAGCGAAGUGAAGAGACCCGUUUGGAUUUUGGCUGCGCUGGAGAUCGUUCAUCAUGGUGUCUGUGAAGCGCUUUAAUAAUGCGCGUGUCGACUGCGUGGCUCUGUUGUUCUGCCUGGCCGUCAUGUGGGAGCUCGUUUUGGCUCAGAAUGACACGGAACCCAUCGUCCUGGAGGGCAAAUGUCUGGUGGUUUGUGACUCGAACCCCGCCGACUGGAAGAGCUCGUCCUCGCCGCUCGGCAUCUCCGUGCGCGCCGCCAACUCCAAAGUGGCUUUCUCCGCGGUGAGGAGCAACAACCACGAGCCCUCGGAGAUGAGCAAUAAAACGAGAAUCAUAUAUUUUGACCAGGUUCUUGUCAACAUAGGAAACUAUUUCACACUGGAAUCCGUCUUUCUUUGUCCCCGGAAAGGAAUCUACAGCUUUAACUUCCACGUUAUUAAAGUGUACCAGAGCCAGACUAUACAAGUGAAUUUAAUGCUGAAUGGAAAGCCAGUGAUCUCUGCCUUUGCCGGUGACAAAGAUGUGACGCGGGAGGCCGCCACCAAUGGAGUCCUGCUGCACCUCAACAAAGAAGACAAGGUUUAUCUGAAACUGGAGAAGGGCAAUCUGGUAGGCGGAUGGCAGUACUCCACCUUUUCUGGCUUUCUUGUUUUCCCUCUGUAAAGCAAACAGAAAGACCUCCAUCUUUGCUGUCCAAUUGUCAUUGUGUAACCGGUCUUUCAGCAUUUAUUGGAGGAUCUCAAAUGGAAUCAUAAUUCCAGACAUUCAUUCAGCUGUUGUCAGUACAGACUACUGGAAAAAAGCAACAGUGACGGUGAAUCUGGAGAGAGGACAUCUUCUUCAGUGCAAUAUCGCUUUCUCCUGCAAGUCGUUCUUCGUGUCUCCAGGAGGUUCAGCACAUCUUUUCAGACUCUUUGUUUGUUUUGUUGUAGAUGUUUGUGUUGCUUUUCUUUAGCGUGUGGUUUUUAAUGAAAUGAGGAAUCCUGAUCAUAAUCUCUUAAUAUGGACAUUUCCUCACAGAAAGGAAAUGCAUGAAACAUUCUGGCCAAUUGAGGGUUCAAUAUAAAAAAAAGGCGAUAUGUUAUAGUAAUUAAUAAUUAAUCAAUUAUAUAAUCGCAGAUGCAAUUUAACUUUCAGCCCUAUAGAAGAUGUAGAUGAGUUUUUUGUUUGUUUAUCAGAGCAGAUUUGUAGAAAUCUAGCAUCACAUCACUUGCUCAGCAAUGGAUGUUCUUCAGUGAAUGGGUGCCGUCAGAAUGAGAGUCCAAGCAAUAAUACACAAGUAAUCCACACCACUCCAGUCCAUCAGUUAAUGUUGUUUUGUGAAGUGAAAAGCUGCAUGUUUUUAAUAUACAAAUUCAUCACUUAAGCGUUUUUAACAUCAAACCAUUGCUUCCGGUUCAUAUACAAGUCCAUAAUCCAUAACACUUUUUCCGGUGAAUAAGUGUCUCGUCCGAAUGAUCAAAACACUGUACUAACACCAUUUACAAACAAAAAUAGUUUUAAACAUGUGUCAGUGGAUUUUGAUGUGAGAAAAAAAAUGGACAAGGAACUUUCCACUGAAGGAAGAAUGGUUGAUGAGCUCACAUUUUGGUCAAAAUCUACCGUUUAGGGUUAAAAUGCCUGAAAGGGUUAGUUCACCCAAAAUGAAAAUUCUGUUAUUAAUUAUUCAGCCUCAUGUCGUUCCACACCCGUAAGACCUUUGUCUAUCUUUGGAAUACAAAUAAAUAUAUUUUUGAUGACCCAAAUGUUGUCAGAUUUCCUUCCAUUAACUGCCUUUGAAACUUCACCUUUGAUGCUUCAAAAACUUCAUAAAGACAUCAGAAAACUAAUCCAUAUGAAUCAAGCGGUUUAGUUCAAAUGUUCUGUAAAUAAUUUUUUUUUUUUUUUUUAUGAUGAACAGAUUUAAUAUAGACUUUUACUUGAAUGUAAACAUUGUUCUGUAUAUGUACAUAAGCAGCAGCUCAUCUGAACCUGAAUAACACACAAGAACGGAGCUCUUCCAGAAGCUCAAACGUUCAGCGUAACACACAUGAAGAGGAGUAAUUAAUGACAGGAUUUUUAUUUUGGGGUGAACUGACCCUUUAAUGAUAAAUGUGUUUCUUACAAACAUUCAGGUUUUCACUUCAUAAGAUGUUCAUUGAUGGACUGGAGUGGUGUGGAUUAUUGUGAUGUUAUGAUCAACUGUUUGGCUGUUCGGCACCCAUUCACUGCAGAGCAUCCGUUGCUGAGCAAGUGAUGCAAUGCUACACUUUUCCAAAUCUGUUCCCAUGAAGAAACAAAUUCAUUUACAUCUAGGAUGGCCCGAGGGUGAGCAAAUUUUCAUUUCAUUUUUGGGUGAACUAUUCCUUUAACUGUUAAAUGGCGAACCUAUUAGCCUGACACAAUGUUUUAAUUUAAAGGUGUUUCCAUUUGUUUCCAUCCAUCAUGGUGGCAGUAAUACAUCAAAUGAAACAAAAGAACAUUAUAAUGGCUAGGUUUCUCAAUGUGCUCCAUACUUUCUACAUUUCAAAAACAUUAUAAGUAUUGUCUUCUCCAAACUCCAAGAUUGCAAGAUGGAGAUUUGCGCUGUGAAAAUCACACCAGACAGCUUGUUUUUCGGGUUGCAUUUGUGACAUUACUUGAUUUUGCAUAGUUCCUUUGGUCAGUCGGGUGCUAAAACAACACAGCGUGUAAAUAAACGUGGGUGCAAUUCUUUCUUAACUUGCCUUGUAAAGAAAAGGGAGGUUAUGUUUUUGUUUUCUUGUUAAAAAUGCCAGGAUCGUCUCAACAGGAAAAUAUGAAACGUAAUUAUUGAUUUCCAUCCUGCAAUAAUAAAAAGCUCAUUUUCACUGUUAAGAGGUGUUAAAAGGAAUAUUUGUGUGAUCCAUUCAGUGAUUUCACGUCGAGUGUUACAGCACAGUUUGAUUCAACAGAGUCUUUGACAGCAUAUGACAAAGCAUCAUGGGGAGGUGGAAAGGUGUCAAUUAGCUCAGACAAGCUGCUGUAAUACCCUUCAGUUAACUCUAUUAGAAAGUGAACAGUGCAUCACCGCACCAUUCAUAUGCUUUUAGAAUUACUGGCUGUCAAUCUUGAGUCUUUUAUACUGUGUGGAAGAAGUUACAGCAGAACUGUAGUACACUAGA